GCGACAGCUACCGCUUUAGAGGAAGCCGCUGCGGAGGAGGAAGAAGAGGAGCUGGGCAAGGCGGGAGUCAGAGGCGGGACCCUCGCCAUGGGUCCGCGGACCUAGAGCGGCGGAAGGUACCUGCCGGGAGCCGAGCUGGCCGCUGCUCCUUCCUGUGGCCCCCAUGGCUGAGGACUGGCUGGACUGCCCAGCCCUGGGCCCCGGCUGGAAGCGCCGUGAGGUCUUUCGCAAGUCAGGUGCCACUUGUGGACGCUCAGACACCUAUUACCAGAGCCCCACAGGAGACAGGAUCCGAAGCAAAGUUGAGCUGACCCGGUACCUGGGCCCUGCAUGCGACCUCACCCUCUUUGACUUCAAACAAGGCAUCCUGUGCUAUCCAGCACCCAAGGCCCAGUCCUCUCAUUCCGUGGCCAUCCCCAGCAGGAAGCGGAAGAAGCCUUCGAGGCCAGCCAAGGCUCGGAAACGUCAGGUUGGACCUCAGAAGAGUGAGGUCAGGAAGGAGGCCCCAGGGGAUGAGACCAAGGCUGAUGCUGACACAGCCCCAGCGUCACUUCCUGCGCCUGGGUGCUGUGAGAACUGUGGAAUCAGCUUCUCAGGGGAUGGUACCCGAAGGCAGCGACUCAAGACAUUGUGCAAGGACUGCCGAGCACAGAGAAUUGCUUUUAACCGGGAGCAGAGGAAGUUUAAGCGUGUGGGCUGCGGGGAGUGUGCGGCCUGCCAGGUAACGGAAGACUGUGGGGCCUGCUCCACCUGCCUUCUGCAGUUGCCCCAUGAUGUGGCCUCGGGGCUCUUCUGCAAGUGUGAGCGAAGACGGUGCCUCCGGAUUGUGGAAAGGAGCCGAGGGUGUGGAGUAUGCCGGGGCUGUCAGACCCGAGAGGACUGUGGCCGUUGUCGAGUCUGCCUUCGCCCUCCCCGCCCCGGUCUCAGGCGCCAGUGGAGGUGCGUCCAGCGGCGUUGCCUGCGGCACCUUGCCCACCGUCUCCGUCGUCACCAUCAGCGAUGUCAACGACGCCCUCCCCUAGCUGUGGCUCCCCCUGCUGGUAAACAUGGCCGCCGCAGGGGAGGCUGCGACGCUAAGGUGGCUCCCCGGCGGCGCCCCCGAGCCCAGCCACCGCCUCCACCUCCCCCGUCACAACCUCCAGAGUCUCCAGAGCCGCAGCCUUACACAAACCGCCGGCAGAACCGCAAGUGUGGGGCCUGUGCAGCUUGCCUGCGGCGCAUGGACUGUGGCCAUUGCGACUUCUGCUGUGACAAGCCCAAAUUUGGGGGCAGCAACCAGAAGCGCCAGAAGUGUCGUUGGCGCCAGUGCCUGCAGUUUGCUAUGAAGCGGCUCCUGCCAAGUGUCUGGGCGGAGUCCGAGGAUGGGGCAGGGCCGCCCCCACCUUACCCUCGUCGAAAGAGGCCUGGCUCUACUCGAAGGCCCUGUUUGGGUCAAACCUUGAAGCCUCCCUUGGUCACACCCACAGCCCGACCAGACCAUGCCCAGACUCCAGUGAAGCAGGAAGCGGGCAGUGGUUUUGUGCUGCCCCCACCUGGCACCGACCUUGUGUUCUUACGGGAGGGUGCAAGCAGUCCUGUGCAGGUGCCUGGCCCGGCCCCAGCUUCCACAGAAGCUCUGUUGCAGGUGAAGCAAGAGAAGGCGGAUGCCCUGGAAGACUGGACACCGGGCACAGCCAUCCUGACUUCUCCUGUAUUGCUGCCUGGCUGCCCCAGCAAGGCAGUAGACCCAGGCCUGCCACCUGUGAAGCAAGAGCCACCUGACCCUGAGGAGGACAAGGAGGAGGAGAACAAAGAUGACUCCGCCUCUGAAUUGGCCCCAGAGGAGGAGGCAGGAGGGGCUGGCACACCCGUGAUCACGGAGAUUUUCAGCCUGGGUGGAACCCGCCUCCGGGACACAGCAAUCUGGUUGCCAAGGUCCAAGGACCUUAAAAAACCUGGAGCUAGAAAGCAGUAGACGGGAGGCUUCUCCAGACUGUAGGACUCAAGGUGAUAUUUACAGACCGACUUUAUGAGAGACAACACUGAUCUGCUCAGAGGCUGGACCAUAGAUCGAUUGCCAGGGCUUGUGUGGGAGUCAGGAGCAACUGGGAAAGCCUACUACCAAACCAGAGGAGCAGGCCUUUUCAGUACUUUGAGCUCACAGAGGAAGUAAGCAGAAAAGGAAGAAAAAGAGUAGAAAGUGGGUGCAUCUGUCCAACUGGUAUAAAUCCCAGCAGCCUGAGUGUGAUAAGAAGUGUGGAUAGUAAGGAUGGGGGAGCGGGGGUGGGGGAAGGGGAUGUAAUUAAAGCCACUUUCAACCUAAACAGGCCAUCAUCAUAAAUAAUUUUAAAUGGCUUUUGGAUGAGACCUGGUAGUGUCUCUAAACAUUUCCUCAGGGAGACAGCAGUUGAAAUAUAAUGUGCAUAAAUGAGAAAAGGAAUUGCUAUUUGGUGAGUUCCUCCUGUGGACCUAAUUUAUUUAAUCCUCAGUCUUUUUUCAGGAACGCAUUGGUUUUGCCCACUUUUGCAGAUGGGAAAACGAGACUCACAGAAACUAGAUAACUUACCCAGUGUCGAACAGUUACUAUUGAUAGAGCCUAGUAUCAAACCCAGGUUGUAAAAGCCUUGUUCUUAGUUAAGCCACUGAACUGUAAACUAUAACCUGUAUCCAAUAGUGUGUAAUAAUGUUAUAUUAACGAGUUUUUAGUUACCUUGAAAACAAGGUGGAUUACUCUAAGCAUUAUAACAGAUCGCUUACACUGCUGCCCUUAGGGUGGUUUAGGGAGCGCCAAGGCAGUGUAGUGCCACCUAAUCAGAGCACCUGUGCCUCUUAAGACUGGUUUCUUCCCAGGUCUUGGGUGCUGCAUAGGAUUCCUAAACUCUAAAGGCAUCCUUCCCCACUGGCUGCUGUCUGGCUUGUUACUGUCAUUCUCCCUUCUCUUUACUCUUUACUUCUGAAGACUUUUGGGUCUUCAGAAGUAAAGCUCCUGGCCUGGCUCAGGUCUCUUGAUGACCUUUGUGCUUGGUUUCUGCUCUCAGCCCCUGUCCACUAGGCAUUUGAGUUCUGCUUCAGGUCCUGCCUAAGGUCCAGUUUUAGCUCAACCCUGUGUCACUUUCCAGUUUUUCAUAAAGUGCCACAAAGAUUAAACCUGUGCUCCGUUACUUAGCUAGCUUUACAGGGCCAGGACUGAGUGCAUGCCUUCUUAAGUUUUGUAGCCUGUGUGUUCUCCCUUGCCUUACUUUAGUCCCAGCCCUGCAGUUCUAGAUAAUUCAGAUGUAGAUUAAACAUAUUUCUACUUUAACUCAUACAGCCCUCUGCUGCCCUCCUCUGCUCCUUCCUUUGCCUCAUCCUACCUACUUCAGCCAGAAUCAAGACUGGAUAAUUUUCUUGAUACCAUUUUGCUCCCCCACAGGAUCCAACCACAUAAACCUAGUAUUCUGGUAA